AUUAUUAUACGCCUGCAUGCACCGUCAAAUAUUAAGUUCAACGCGAUUCGAUCUGUACGUGUAUGCAUGAUUUCCUAUAAAGCCUGCUUACUCAAACGUACAAUAAUAAGUGGUUGACUUUGGUCUAUUACAAGCCUCAGGCGACGUUUACUUUCAAACUGUGUCCAGCAUUAUUAAGUGACGGAUAUUCAUAAUCUGACCAUGGAAAAGCUCACAAACUGUCGAUCAAAGCGAGAGAAUGCCCGUUACCGUGUAUUUUGCUUCCCUUGGGCUGGGGGCGGUUCAGGCUUCUACUCGAGCUUGUAUCAACAUCUACCGGAGCACAUCGAAGUACAUGGUAUACGUCUGCCUGGUAGAGAGUCACGCUUUCAGGAACCGCUCUACAGAAACCUCCAAAAGAUGGUCAAAGAUAUUGCUACCACUCUCCUACCGACGUUGAAGACGAAACCUUUCAUUUUCUUUGGGCACAGUUUCGGUGCGUUAGUCUGCUAUGAAGUAUGCCGUUACCUAGUAACGAAUCAUAACUUACAGCCGAACCAUCUCAUCGUGUCUGGAACAUUCGGCCCUCACUCAGAAUUACGAGCCCAGCACCGGAUCGGGUGGACACGCAUGACUGAUAAACAGUUCGUUGCUAAGUUACGAGAGUUGGGAGGCACGCCCCCUGAUGUUUUGGAAAACCAGGGACUGAUGAAAAUAUUCCUUCCAAGUUUAAGGGCUGACCUGGAAAUAGCUGAACUGUAUAGCGAACCUGCCCCGGUUGAACCGUUCAUCUCAUGUCCACUGACAUGCUUCAAUGGAAAAGAAGAUCGUGCGCAUCCACCAGAAGGUUGGGCCGAGGCGACAAGCAGUACAAACUUUCACACUGAACUACUUUCAGGAGGACAUUUCUUUCUUUUAGAAGAGGCCAACAAACGAAGGAUAUGCGAAUACAUAGCCAGCAUUCUACCAGACUACCACUAAACAGAACGUGGUAGCAAUGGAAACAGAUGGUGUUUGGCUGGCUGCUAAUCGCAUGUUUCUCAGUUCUGUUGUUUAUCUGAGCAAAGUCCAAUGUGUUCAGUCAUUUGGCGUCCUCACAAAACCAAGUACUUUUGAUUUCUGAACAUACAUUAACACCGGACGUCUCAUUUCACUGACUUCAUUACACCAUUCAUGUGAUCUGAGCUCUUGUAUGGCUAUUAUCUUAAAGGGCAAUUCAACCCUUGAAAUACGAUCAUUUUGACUGUAUACAAGCAAAAAAUAAGAGAAAACAUAAUGGCAAAAGUUGAAAUAAAUCAGACCAAUAAAAUAUAGAGAGUUAUGAAUGUUUGAAAUAUGAGAUCGCUUUAGAUAUGCGAAUCUUAUAUUGACAAUUUUGUCAGUGGAUUGUGACGUAGUCACGGACAACUGGCCUAUUUGUCUUGUACAAAAAGCAAUAAUUUCUAAUUUUCUCCCAAGUGGGCAGGUGGGGUACUACUCAAAAUAUAUCAUCGACAGUGCGUUGUUACAGGCCCUCUAUAAAGAAAAGUCCCUCGCGGAUAACAAAUUUUAAAGAAAAACAAAAUCAAACUGUUGUCAUUGGGAAAUUUGUCCAGCAAUACAUAGCAGAGACAGUACCGAUUCAGUCAAUUUGAAGUGUCCAUACCUGUAAUGAUUAUAAAUUUCAAAAAUUCAGAACCGUCUUAUUUUUUGUCCGAUUUCGUUCAAAUUUUCACUAGUCUGCUAUUCUGAUGGUUAUGCUUUCUUUUAGAGUUGUUUGCUCUAAUGUUGGAUUUUCCUGUAGUAAUGCAGUGGUCAAAUAUACUAAAAUCUUAGAUGUGAUCGGUAACGUACGUUUGUGUGCGAGUUUGUUCUUUUGCCCAGAGGCCUUCGAUUCAAAAUUCUUUGACUUUCAUGUCAGUCUAUGCAUUUCCAAACAUGUAUUAUUCUUUCUUUUUUUCUUCUUGUCUCGUUUUGUUCAGGUGUUUGAUAAUUUUUGUUAGUAUAUUGAACUAUGCAAUUUCAUUAUUGUGGAAAAUAUUACCUAACUGUUCGUUCUUUAUGAGCCAAGUCAUGUUGUGUAUUUAUUGUAAGUUUGUUCAAACCGAUUGUCAACCAUGCCCUGUACAUAUCAAGAUGUUAUGUUGUUUUAUUGGAAAUGGAAAAAAAUGAAAUGAAAUGAAAACGUAUGGGACAAACAGCUUAGCAUUGUCCACGGUACAUACUUCUAAGAAAUGAUCCAACUUCAUCGCCAUCCUAGAAUAGUGGUGGCAGCGGCAGGAUAUUCAAAUUACUUGUUUAGAUUGGAUGGGAUAGGAGGGCGGGGUAGAAGGUAGAAAUAGGAAAGAGACAAUAAUAAAAUGGGAAUGUCCCACCUCCAGAUUUAGGGUUUGUUACCAUGGUUACAGGUGACAAUAUGUACCAGCCUUAAUUUGUGGCAGUGGCGAUGACGUGAUCUGUAUUUCAGUGUGUGGGUAGGGUGGGAUUCUUUUAGGACCGGGGUUAUAUAUAUCCGGGGAGAGGAGUUGGCACUGUAAAAGGUAUUGUAAUAUUUUCGUAAAAACAUUAUUAAACCUUUCUUCGCUAAUUAUGAUCACCAUCACCACUCAGUACGUCUUGAGUUUUGGAAGGGUAGUUAUAACAACCAUCACCAUCACCACCACCUCAACAACAUGAAUCAUAACAACACCACGACAACGAAAGAAACACAACAGUACUACAAUAGCUUUAAACCCUCUAAGCGAUAGCUACUAGAAGCAGCCACUUAAAACGCCAAGCUUGAAAUCUACCAUGACAUGAUGUUCACGGACCACAGUAUAUGUACCGUAAUGUAUCGAGAGACAUUAACGACCAAUUGAAACUAUUUUUUUGUGUAACUAUGUUUGGAGUUGGUUUUCCCAAUAUAACCUAGACAAUGAUAUCGGAUGUCAUAUCUGUGAUAUCAUAAAAACGUAAUUAAGCCGCUUUUCUUUCCUAUUUUUGUUUCCUGUUCUCCCUGCUUUCUUUAAAAAACUUUGAGACACAUUUUGCUCUAUACUCAGUUGCAGACAAUGAAUCCAAAACGGAUUAUGCCCUUCAGUUAAAAGAACGUCUUUAAUUUCAAAUAAUACAUUAUGACAUGUAGUUUAAGCUUGCCUAUACUAACUGUUAAAGUUGGUAGUAACUUAAACUACAUAUUUAUGAUUAGCCCAACUAACGAAAGUUUUCUGUAUCAAUAAAUUGUGAUAUGACAACUGUU